AUGUCCAGUCAGGGCGGUACAGGCGUCGGACAGUCGAAUCGAAUGCCUGCUUUACCGUCGACCCCCGCGACGGCCAGCUCUCCCGCGGGGCAGUUGGCGGCCGACAGCUUCUCCACGUCGACCGGGUUCGGCGUCAGCAGUGCCGGAGGUGCGUUGGCGUCUUCAGGCGCCAACGCGAGUGCUGAGGCCCGGCAACGUGUGGCACUGAUCACGGCCCAGGCCGGGCUGGCCAGACGCAGUGCGGAGGCUGCAUGGGCCAGACGCUUCCGCCUGCUACAGCUACGCCUGGUCGUGGUCGGCCUAGAGCAGGAGUUGGACGACAUCGUCAGCUGGUUUCUUAACGUGUGUCUCCGUCAGCACAACCUAGUCACCAUUUUUUACUUUUACUUCAUUAACUCGCACUACUGA